UUAGGACCGCUCGGAGCGCUCCCGCUCCGGAGGUAGUAUAAGCUUUGCCAUCUCUUCUACUCUACUGGCAGUUUGCAGAAGAUCGCUUUUAAGUGAAACGGCAGGGCCACCCCUCCCGCUCUUGCCUCUCUCUCUCUCUCUCUCUUUCUCUCUCUCUCUCUCUCCCUCCCCUCCCCAAUUCAUCGCGCCCUGUCCUUAAGUUUGCGAGCUCCUCUUAGCCGCGGCGAGAGCGAGGGAGCGCGGGCGAAGCUCCUGCCGCCGCGGUCUAUAAGGAGAACCGGCCAACCCAGCAAGAAGGGCAGGCUCGGCGCCGACGGGGGUGCAUGCCUCUCUCCUCCUCCUCCUCCCCCACCGAUGGACUUUUCUAACCGGAGCGCCGCCACGUUCCCGGGAAACCCCUUCGGUCCUGCCCGGCCCAAAAAAAAGAAAGAAAAAAAGAAAGAGCGAACGAACUCCGCGGCUUCUUCCAAGGCUAACCGCGGGGAUUUGGGGAGCCUCCCGCGCUUCUUUCACCGUCGGCGAUCGGAAAUAAAAUGAAAGCUGGGGGGAUCGCUCAGCCCCAGCAGCAGCAGCAGCAGCAGCCGCCUCGGGACCAGCCGCGCCAUCCGGAGCUGCCGCGGCCGGCAGGCAAACAGCGACCGCACCGCGCCUCCCCGUCAAAAGUUUGAUGCCAAGAAGUGAGCCAGGCACAAGGAAGGGCGAAGGCGGGGCUGGAGCGGGACGGCUAGAGGAGGCUACCUAAGACCUCUUCUUUCCCAUCCACUCCCCCCCCCCGGUCCUCACCCUACCCCCCCUCCUGCGCCGCUCUAGUCUUCACUCUGGUCCGAUCCCUGCCUUGUCCCCCAGUUCGGGGAGGACUCCUGCCGCGUCGCCGGCCCAACCGGGCUGAUCUCCAAAGGGGCAGCGCCAGAGGAGUGGCUAAAUCCAGGGGGCGCGCGAAAGAAGCGCGGCUCGUCCGCUCGCCUGGUGGCUCCAGCUGGGCUUCGGGCUUUGCUUUUGCGACUCGCCCGCGGAAGUCUUUCGCCGCGGGCUGCAACUUUUGUUGCCUAAAGCGGGUGCGGCAAGGAAGAAAAGGGGCGGCCGAACCAGCCGCCGUCUUCUCCUCCCCACCUCCUCCCGCCGACAUCACCGCUGCUGGAGGGACAAGAAGCCGGAUAAAGCCAGCGCUGCCAUCCAGGGUCCGGAGCAAAGGCGGUGGUUUUGCUUCCGAGGCUUUGACAAAACGCAGCGAUCGGUCCGAGACGGGUGCUGGUGCCAGAAGAAAAGAAUGAUUGAUGGCAAACAGACUGUAAACACUCAUCAUUUUGGUCCAUCAGCUGAUUCAUCAGUUUGGCUGACUCUUCCUCAUGAGCCGGAAAAAAGGAGGAUCACUCGGGAUUAUUGACGGUACAGCUGAGGCCUGGCAACACUGCUAACUUGUUACCUGGUUUUGGACAUUAUUUGCAUAAGUGAUUAAAAAUCCUGAAACUCCUGGGAAUGUAGCAAGCAUCUUUCACUUGGCUUUGAAUGACGUAUAAUAUGCUUGGCUUCCACCAAAGUUUCCAAAAUUAAAAACACAGUUAUUGUAACUUAAGCUCUUCUCUCCUUUGGAACAUAUUUUGCAAAAACGUUGCCUCUCUCCAUGUAUAUUUAUGUAUAAUAAAGACUGCACUUAGUUCCAUAUUGGUGAUUGCUGUCAAGGCACGCGAAAGGAUAUAGAGAUGUAUUUGUCAAGAUUCCUAUCUCUCCAUGCCCUAUGGGUUACUGUGUCUUCGGUAAUGCAACAUUAUCCUUCAGUUUGGGGACAUUAUGAUGUGUGCAAGACCCAGAUUUAUAUGGAUGAAGACAAGAUUUGGGAUUAUACAGCCUGUCAGCCUGAAGCCAUAGAUAUGAUGAAACACGUAAAAGUAAACCUGGAGCCACCUAAUAUAACAUGUGGAAAUCCACCAGAGACCUUCUGCGGAAUGGGGAAUCCCUACAUGUGCAAUGAGUGUGAUGCAACCAUUGACGAAUUGGCACAUCCACCCGAACUGAUGUUUGAUGCCGAAGGAAGGCAUCCCUACACCUUUUGGCAAUCAACCACAUGGAAAGGUUACCCAAAGCCUCUCCAAGUGAACAUUACCCUGUAUUGGAACAAAACCGUCGAACUCACGGACAACAUAGUCAUCACGUUUGAAUCCGGCCGCCCAGACCUAAUGAUCCUGGAGAAGUCGCUCGACUAUGGUCGGACGUGGCAACCAUACCAAUAUUAUGCUACAGAUUGUCUAAAUGCUUUUAACAUGGAACCAAAAACAGUGAGGGAUUUAUCUCAGCAGACAGUUCUAGAAAUCAUUUGCACAGAAGAAUAUUCCACGGGGUACAUGGCCAACAGUAAGAUCCUCCACUUUGAGAUUAAGGAUAGAUUUGCAUUUUUUGCUGGGCCUCGGCUUCAUAAUAUGGCUUCUCUCUACGGGCAGCUCGAUACAACCAAGAACCUAAGAGAUUUCUUUACUGUCACAGACUUGAGGAUAAGACUGCUCAGGCCAGCAACUGGGGAAUUAUAUGUGGAUCCGCAGCACUUGACACGCUACUUUUAUGCAAUCUCCGACAUAAAAGUAGUUGGAAGGUGCAAGUGUAAUCUUCAUGCCACUGGCUGCAAAAUUGAAAAUAAAAAAUUAUUAUGCGAGUGUGAACACAAUACCACAGGCCCAGAUUGUGGGAAAUGUAAGAAGAAUUAUCAGGGACGUCCUUGGAGUCCAGGUUCCUAUCUGCCCAUUCCUAAGGGCACUGCUAAUAUCUGUAUGCCCAGUAUUUCCAGCAUUGGUACUCCUCCAAAGUAUGAUAAGAUAUGGCCGAAUAUAUCUUCCCUUGGGGUUUCUAACCCAAAUCAAGACUGUGAAUGCUUCGGCCACUCCAACCGGUGCAGUUACAUCGAUCUGCUCAGUACAUUCAUUUGUGUGAGCUGUAAACACAACACUAGAGGGUACCACUGUCAGUUGUGCAGGCUGGGCUACUACAGAAAUGCUUCUGCAAAGCUGGACGAUGAAAAUAUAUGCAUAGAAUGUAAUUGUAACCGUUUGGGCUCAGUCCAUGAUCGCUGUAAUGAAAAAGGAAUUUGUGAGUGUAAGCAGGGAACAACAGGGCCUAAAUGUGAUAAGUGUCUGCGGGGAUAUAACUGGCACAACCAGGGUUGUCAAUCAAACGUAUGUGACAAUGAACUUCAAAUUUGUCAGAAUGGAGGGACGUGCCACAACAAUAUACGCUGCCAGUGCCCGGAAGGCUAUACUGGUGUACUGUGUGAGAAGCGGAGUUGUGAUGUGGAUCCAGAUGGCUGCAGCGAAAGUUCAGGGCAAGGGGCAAUAUCAAUACAAACCCUGCUACUUCUACUACCACCAAUUGCUCCAUUGGGAUUAAGUGGGCUUUUUAUAUUUUAAGCUGCGUAGCUCGGGAGACAUCGGCUUCAGACUGCUUUGAGAGGAAGGUGUCCAGAAAAGAAAGAAAAAGAACCAGAUGCAAAUACGAAUUUUCAAAAUAAGGGGGGAAAUUAUACAAUUUUCACACAUAUAUAGACUAAAGAAAAGGCCUGACUGAACUAAGCCAUAUGUAUACCUUGUGGACAACUGAACCAACCAAGACUGUUACUUCUUGGCUCAAGCUUAAAUGAGGCAGCUGCCAAUACUAUUACAACUACUCAACACGACAGCUGCAGGCACUUACACAGGUUCAAAAAGGCUUGGGUAGCCACCCCCGGAUGGAAAUCCAAGAAAAGAAACAACAACAACAACAACAAACCACAAAGAAAACUUGCUCUUUCAAACUGGUGCGCCACCGUACCUCUUCCCAGUGUGUGGACCAACCAAAUAGAAGCAUUCUUUGCUGUCAGUGCAUUGUGGGUAUAAGGAAAUCUGUUUCAAAGCUGCCAUAUUGGCCUGCUUCAGCCCCUUAAUCCCCCUUUCCAACUGUGCUUUAGUGAACGUUGCUCUGUAACCUUUGUUGGUUGAACGAUCUCUUUGUCUGAUGUUAGUAAUGCACAUGUGUACCAGCCCCAACUCAAUAAAUCUCAAGCCGGUCAUAUCCUUGUAUAUCUUAGAAGCACUGUGCCCUGUCGACACAGUGCUCCCCUAUUGUACAAGAGUGGCAGUAGGACAAAAAGAAAGUAUAUUUAUCCUUUUGUAAUCAAAUGAAGUUAUUUUUCUUGACUAACGUAAAGCGUAGAUUUUUUGUAUUAUUGCCAAUUUGUGUUAACAAUUGAGUAAUGUACUUUAAUCCUAAUCAGAUGGGGGGAGGGGAAGAGAUGAUUUUUAGUUCGUUCUUUUCUUUUUCCUUUUUUUUAAAAAUUCAUUUAAUUGUGCAGAGAUUUCUCUGUAUGGGCAACGUGCUGGCAUCAAAGAAUAUCAGUUUACAUAUUAUAGCAAGUGUAAUAAGAUACCACCAAAGGACAUUCUAAAUGUUUUCUUGUUGCUUUAACACUGGAAGAUUUAAGAGAAUAAAAAUUCCUGCAUAAACUAUUUCCAGGGAUUAGUACUGCAGUUUCUUGAUAUUAUUUUACCAGGUAGAAGACAAAGAAGUUCCAGUCCAGACUUGUGCAAGCACAGCAAAAAGUUAAAACUCAAAUCUCCAUGCUGUCUACAGAGAUUAAUUAAGAGUGACAACAACAUGAGAUCAAUUGUUGAGGUCAGCAGACACUGGAUAAGCUCCAAUCAAUUCAAGUUAGACUGCAGUCCUAACUGAGAAGUAAAACCCACAGCAUUUAACAGGAUGUUACAGUAUUCUGAAAAAUGUAUUAUCAAA